CGGCAUCCUUCUAGUCCGUAUGUGAUGACGUCACCGCGCGACGGCCGUGAAUGGAGUAGUAUGCGUUGGGCCUUGUAUAUGGAUGUGGUGGCCGGUCCCGGGCCUUUUACUGGACGCUUCGCCUGAGAUGCCUCAUGCUGAAAAGAACUUAACUCACCAUGUGCACGAUUCAUCCAUUGAACCUUGCUUAAAAAAGUCAAGGCCAGACUACUCUUCAUCGUGGGCAAGCAGAGAUACUGAUUGGCGCAAGGAACGUGAAGCGGACUCACAGAGAUGGAGUCCCUUUACCCGCUCAGAGGAAAGAUACCAUCAGUCAGACAGAAGUGAGAGUGAAGGAGGUGUAGAUGCAAAAUAUGAUUCAGAUUCACGAAGGUAUCACUUGGGUCAAGGUGAUGUCGAUGAACGAGACUGCAAUAGAACCAACCAGCAUCCAUUUGUACUUUCUGGACAAGAGAAAGAUGAACAUCAUUCAGACGUGGCAUUUUCAGGAACCAGUUCUUCUUUUAUAGGACCACAAUGUCGGCCAUUGCCUCAAAAAAAUCCCGUGCCUAAAGUCACAUGUCAUCCAGAUGCUUCUUCUUUCAAAAUUGCCACGGUGGAGGUGGGUAAAUUGGCCACUCAAUCAAAAGGCAAGGAUGGAAUGGACUACGAGCUGCGGCAGUUUUACAAAGAGUUAAAUGAGCUUGAAGCUGAUGAGCAAACUAAGGAGGUCACAUGCAGAGAUGUGGAUGUGAAGCAACAUAUCAGCCCUUACCCUGACGAGACACCAGCUACUCACCCUUCCAACCAUCAUCAUGGCCCGGUGCCUAUAUCACAUCCAUUUGGGCCUUUCCCCAGCAAAAACUUUGCAUCCCUCGCCUGCCAUGUUACAGAAGGACCAAGACCACACUUACACUUUGAAAGUCCUUCACUACCUCAGUUUCCUUCUGGUGGUCAAGCUCCAUAUCAUCCAAGACCUGCAAUGCCACCUCCAAGGUUUAAAACUCUUCCUCCACCUACUUUUAUAGUCCCUUAUGGCCCUCCACCACCACGAUUUAAUUAUCCAAUGACUUUCCCAAGAGAAAGCAAUGCACUACCCUCUCAACCGUCUCGGACUUUUAAUUACAACAUUAGAAAUGGGCAACCCCAAUGGCUUGGAUCUCCAGUACCUCCCGAAAACAGCUUCACCUCUCAGCGGAUCCCAUAUGACAAACCAUUUUCACAAGGCACAAGGGAAACGAGGUGGCCAGACCUUCAGCAUAAUGAUCUUUGUAGGCAGGAAGAUGGACAGUUUGGUGGACGGUUAUUACCAAAUACCGGUGGUAAUGUGUCACAUGAACAAUGUCCUGGCAGAUUCAGGGAUACAAGCAGAAGAAAAAUGGUGCUGUUAAGAGGAGUUCCUGGCUCUGGUAAAAGUACGCUGGCUCGUACGCUGCUCCUGCAGUCUCCGGAUGGGAUUGUCCUCAGCACUGAUGAUUACUUCUGCCAGGACAAUGGAUACACAUAUGAUGUCAAAUUGCUCGGGGAUGCCCAUAGCUGGAACCAGAACAGAGCCAGAAGAGCGCUGGAUCACAGACAGUCUCCUGUUAUUAUCGAUAACACGAAUAUCCAGGGCUGGGAGAUGAAACCAUAUGUACAGAUGGCUGUAGACAGGGGCUACAAUAUUGAAUUCUUGGAGCCAGAUACCUGGUGGAAACAAGACGCUGAUGAACUGGAAAAGAGGAACAAACACAGAGUUCCACGUGACAAGAUUUCCCAGAUGUUGGAACGGUUCGAGUAUGAUGUGACUGUCCCUGUGGUCAUGAACUCAGUGGAACCCCGUCGUAUUCGCCCUAAUCACCCACCUCCAGAGGCCCGGCCGAGGACACUUGGUCUAAAGGGGAAACGUCACAGAAAAAGGUAUCCGAAGAAUGGAAACAAAAUAGUGAGUAGGAAACAAAGUUUAUCACUCCAAGAGGACGAAGGACUGGAGAAGCUGGCGGUAGAAGAUCCGAGAAGUGGUUGUAUUGUGCAGGAUUGUUUGAUGGAUGUUGAGGGAACUGGAAAAGUGCAAGUAAAGAUUGAUUAUUCUGGAAAGGAAGGAUAUUUAUAUGAUUUUCUAGCAACAUUUUUGUCACGCUGCUCAGUUCUUAGUACUGCUGCAUUAUUUGGAAGGGUGUCGGACCUCCUAGAGCUAAUGGACAAGCCUAGAACGCCAUUGAAACCUGAGAUUGGAAUUCUAGUUUCCCAUAGACAUAGAUAUUUGCUAUCCUCCUCUCUGCUCUCAUUGGUGGUAGAUAGUGUGUUAUGCAAAGGAACAAACCAUGUAAGACCUUCCUUCAGCUGGCUCCAAGCAUGCUCCAAAGGUCUCCACGUUACAGACCUGCCCCAUUCUAGAGGGCAAGACAUAAUCAACACUGGUCUUGACCUGUACUGUAGUCUUAUUAAACUGAUUGCAGGACACACUCUGGACCUCUACGGCAUAAAAUGUUCCAAGCCUCAACAUUUCAAUCAACUGACCUUUACAGGAAGUGAGAACCAAGAUGGGCAAUCUAUGCAAAAGUCCUUAGAGUGCAAAAGAUUCAAGGAUCCUUAUCUAGAACCUGAGAUAAGUGAACAGGAGUCUGUUCAGAGCACCGAUUGUACUAAAAUUCUAGUGGAAAGCGGCCAGAUAACCCCAAGACCUCACAAGCGCCUCAGGAGAAUCUACAAAUUGGCACCAACUUUUCAACAUCCAAGAAUCUUAUCAGAAACCCAAAUAAGUGCUUGGAAACACAAAUGUGCAAUUGGAUCAAGAAAUCUUUCUACAGAAACCAAUACAACGGUGGCAAUGCAGAAUCCACUGGAGGAGAACCCUGUAGGAAAUCUGGUCAAUAAUGAAUGUAAAGAUGAUUUGACCCCAAGAGAUGCAAGUGUUACGGCUAAAGAUGCAAGUGUAUACAAAGGGGUUUGUGAAGUUGAACCCUAUCCAGCACCCACCAAAUGCUUAGAUGACCAUGAGAAUUCAGUGAUGAGAUGUUACUCCGGUCUCCUUCCGGGGGCUCAGUCUUGUCCCGGACUCUAUUUACCGGAGCAGUUUGCCAGACAGCUGGUGGAAUUAUUUGGAAGCCCUGGUAUAGAAUUAGAUACAUCUAGACCAAAGGACUUAAUUGUACCACUUGGAUAUGACCUGGCCAGAAGAGUAUAUCUAAAAUGGAAGAAGUCAUUGGAGGCAAAAUACAAGCUUCUUCCAGCAAAGUAAAGUCACAGAGUCUGAUAAUAAAGUCAGUAUAUGGCAUAGCUUCUGUCUCCUGUGCUGGAAAUAAAUGUAGAGCGGUCUUUACAGACA